AUGCUGUCAAAGCUUAACAACGGUAGAAUACUAGCGGGACAUUCAGCUUCAAGUGUCGAACCUGUUCACUUCUUUUUCUCGUCACACAAAGAAGUCAGAAAAAUACGUUCCACCUUCUUUCUUCAGUGGUUCAUUGCCUCUAUUCAGCUCUAUAUACUUAUUUUUCUUUUGUGCACACUUUAUUUGGGUUCUGGGCAUAACCCAAAUCGUUACACAAUCAAUCUCGAUGUUGCUAUUGUCGAUUUCGAUGGUGAUCAAGCCGGAAGCUUCUUUCUCGAUGCCUUUCGAAAUACACCUCCUGGAAACAGAACACUGCAUUGGCGAUACAAGGAUCCGAGUGACUACAGCAAUAAUAUAAAUGAUGCACAAGUCGAUGUGACAGGUGGACACGUCUGGGCUGUCGUAUCACUUCAAGCUAAUACUUCAUCUUCCAUCAAUGCUUCGCUACUGGCUCUCAUCAAUGGCGCUUCAUUACUCAUCUCACCAGUUGUGCUUUCACCUCCCGUGCUAGUCGUUUAUGAAGAAGGACGGAACUCAUACCAUGGACUACUAUGUUUUGCCAGCUAUUGA